AUGCCGGGAACCCAGUCAAAUGUUACUACACCCGCUCCUCCUCCAAUGAGCACGCUCAUAUGUGUCCUCAUGAGGUUAGCCGGAACCAGCCAUGAUGCAUUUUUAGAAGGUAUCGGAAACUCCGAGUCGACUGACUAUGCCGAACGGGUGGUAUCCAAACCCCUAAAAUAUGCAAGGUAUACCUCUUUCGGCAUCCUCGUCAUCUGCGGCAUCGCCGGCCAAGGUGUCCCAUUGGCUCCCAUCGCUUAUGUAAUUUUAAGCAAUUGUCAGAUGCUUGCCGCACUAGGUGUAAUCACCUCAUGACACAACCUGGUGCGCCUGCGCAACCUGAAGGAAACGCAAAUCAAAAAAAUAGCUGCAUCUAGACUGCAUUGGUGCCUUCUCAGUUUUAUUAACAUUGUUA